AUGAGCGUCCGGGUCGUCGCGCGUAUCCGACCCUUGCUCAAGCAGGAACUGGAGAAGGACACUAUUGUCGAGGCCGCAACAACCGCUUCAGAGCCAUCGGCUGCUCCCUCGAUCGUGCGCAUCCCGAAUCCCAAGAACGAGGCCGAAGCUUUCAGUUUUCAGUUCAACAGCGUCUACGACCAGCAGGCCACACAACAACAAGUCUUUGACAACGAGAUUUCUCCCACCGUCAAGCAUCUGUUCAAGGGCUUUGAUGUGACCAUCUUUGCAUAUGGAGUCACAGGAACCGGAAAGACGCACACCAUGCGUGGUGGAAAAUUACUGGCAGACAGGGGUGUCAUCCCACGCUUGCUCAGCAGCAUCUACCGCAGAAGUCGUAAGAUUGAGAAGGACACCGAAGGCGAUACCAAAGUCGAUGUCGCCAUGAGCUACUACGAAAUCUACAACGACCGCGUCUAUGAUCUGUUCGAAGCCCCUGAGAAGCGCACCCCUGCUGGUUUGCCUAUUCGCGACAACAAUGGCAAGACGGUUGUCGUUGGCUUGACCGAGAGACCUUGCACCUCGCUCAAGGACUUUGAAUCUCUUUACGACCAAGCCAAUGUCAACCGUUCUACUUCUGCUACAAAGUUGAACGCACACUCCUCGCGCUCUCAUGCAGUUCUCUGCGUCAAGGUAACUCAAGUAACUGGCAACGAGGUUCGUGUAAGCACAGCAAGCGCCAUCGAUCUGGCUGGCUCCGAAGACAACCGCCGCACCGACAAUGGUAAGGAGAGAAUGGUCGAGUCUGCAAGUAUCAACAAGUCUCUCUUCGUUCUCGCUCAAUGCGUCGAGGCUAUCAGCAAGAAACAAAGUCGCAUUCCAUACCGCGAGUCCAAGAUGACACGAAUUCUGUCUCUUGGUCAGAACAACGGUCUGACAGUCAUGAUCUUGAACCUGGCACCAGUCAGAAGCUACCACCUUGAUACUCUCAGCUCCUUGAACUUUGCGAACCGAACAAAGAAGAUUGAAGUCAACGAAGUCGAAAACAGACCUUUCUUCCGCACUGCACCAAAGCCUGAAUCCAAGUCUGGAAUUCCUUCAGUACCUCUGGCUAACCGCCAGCCUUUGAGGCCAAAAGCAUUGUCACACAACGUUGUCCCUAGCAAGGAGCAAGCCGAAAAGGACAAGAUCGAGAAGCCAGUCAAGGCUUUCUCUGUUUAUUCUGAUAAGCCCAAGACAACUGCCAUUUCGCGCCCUGGCCACCUCUCUGGACAAGGCCACCCGCGUACCGCUGAGGCACAGAAGCGCACUAGUAGUGAAGCUGUACCAACUAUUAACAGACCGUCGAAGGUGCUCAAGUCGACUGUAGCAGCCAGACCAGAGACCAUGUCACAAAAGUCAAUUGAAGAGCUCAUCGAGAGGAAGGUGGCCGAAAAGCUAGCCGAGCAGGCACUUAGCGCAAAGCUUCCAGCAGGAACAGAAAUCUCACCAGACGUACAAGCACGAUUGAUCGCUUUGGAGCGUAGAGUCAUCGACCAAGAAUCAGCACGCGCGGAGGGCCUACAGUACCUGCUCAUGGCCAAACAGCACACCGUGCGCGGUGAAGAAGUCAGCGCCCUCAAAAUGUACCAGCUCGCAUUACCUUACUUCCCAGACAACCAAAAGCUGGCGCAGAAGAUGCUCAAGCUGCAGGAGAAGAUCAACCGCAAAGAAGAGGAACGCAGACCAAAAUCUGGCGGUGGAGUGCCUUUGAUGGCUGAUGACGGCGACGACGACGACUACCAACCCGAUGCGCACGAUCAAGACGACGAGGACGAGUCUGUGUUUGACAAUCACCAACGCGCGAAACCACCGUGUUCGCAACGACACAGUGCAGACUCUGAUUCAGAAGAUGAGCUGGCACAUUCACUCAUCAACACUGGACCCGACCAGACCCCACGCUCCAAGCACAUCCUGCGUAUCAUCAACAGCCGUGACGUCGCUCAAAUCCGUCUGCUCAAAGGCGUGGGUGCCAAGAAGGCAGAAAUGAUCGUCAAUGCACUUUGCGAGAUGGACGACGAGAUCAGACAUGUAGGUGAACUGGGCAGAUUGAAGGGUGUAGGUAUCAAAGGUGUCGAACGCAUGCGUGAGGGCUUGGCCGGUGUGAUGGCUUGA